GCGCAUGCUUUUCAAUGACGAUUAAUGACGUCAAGGAGCGACUGGUUACAUAAAAAUAGUUGUGCCAUUUAUUGCUGAUCGUUGGGCGAAGUGAGGGUAUCGCCAUUUUUAUUUUUCCCCCUUUCAUUUUCCUGGACACAUGAUACGAUUUUCCCUUUGACGGUUUUCUUCCAAGUGGUGCCGGAUGUAUAGGCGUUCCUAAUAGCGGUCGAACGAAUUCGAGGUGUUUGCAUCAGAGAAAUCCCAGCAAAAAUGAAAUCUUCGGUGUUGUGUUGUAUUUUCAGUUCUAUAUUUCUCGUCGACUUUGUUUAUUCUGCAGUGCAUUUAUCUGCAGUGUACCAGGAUGGUCUCCCAAUAGUUACGUUUUCUGUAGGUAAACAAAUCGUUAUUUCUUGUAAUGCUACAUCCGAUGAGAAGAAUGCAAAAAUUGAUGUAGAAUGGAAACAAAAUGACGUACUUAUUGAAGAUGUCGAUUCACUCAAAGACCGAUACAGGACAUCGAAGAGGGGAACUAUAUACAAACUGGAAAUCAGGGAUGCCAGGGAGGAGGAUAUAGCUAAAUACACUUGCGCUUUGGAAGAUGACAAAAAUUCGCAAGGGGUUGAUAUUGAAGUUUUCACCAAGCCUUCAGUCAAGGUGCAAAGAAGCAUCAACACAGUAGAACUUGAAGUACUGAAAAUUAAGUGUAUAGUAUCGGGAAAACCACCUUCUGAAAUCUCUUGGUUCUAUUCCAAUGAAACCAUGAAUGAAACCAAUGUGAAUGACAUCGGAGAUGAUAGAAUUACAUUCGAGAAAGAUACUGAAAAAAAUAUUGAUAAUGCUGUGCUGGUCAAAAGCGACAUUCAGAUGUGGGACAGAGGAGUUUAUACAUGUGUCGGUCAGCCACCAUAUGGAUAUAAAACUGUCAAUGACACCUGUAUGGUUAGGGUUAAAGACAAAUAUGCUGCUUUAUGGCCUUUCCUGGGUAUCUGUGCCGAAGUGUUUGUAUUAUGUGCCAUUAUUUUGAUAUACGAGAAAAAGCGAAACAAGACAGAACUCGAAGAAAGCGACACAGAUCAGAGCCCAGAUCAGUGAGUAGACCGACAAUUUUUUUAUGAAAAAAUACUCCAGAUCACAAUAAAGAUUCCAACUUGAGACAUAGGCAGUGAAUUCUGCCCCAAAUUAGUAAUAAUUUGGCAAUCGAAAAAACCAUCAAUAAAUCCAAUAUUUCGUCAUUUAUUUUAAUUUAUUUAUGUUUAGAGACAAUUCCGGAUUGGUUUUUUGCAAGCCAAUUGCAUAUACUGUACAAAGAAGUUAUUACCCGUUAAAGAUCUUCCUAAGCUCUAAACCACAGUUUAGCCUUACGAGUUGCAGCUUUUUGAUAAUACUAGUUUAGUUCUUAGUCAGUACUUAUUUUUUUUUUCAAUUGUUUAUUGGCACAAUAUACUACCUGCAACUUGUGAGACCGAUAAACUUGAAUUGUUAGCAUACUCUUGUAUAUAGGUAAAGUAAGGCAAUGUACACAAAACCGCCCCACUUGUUUAUAAAAAUUAACUUCAUAUAUAUGAUUAUGCACAUUUGGACUGUUGUUUAUUUUUUAUGUUUUAUAAUAUAUGAGCUUAAACGUUGCAUUCAAUACUUUAAAAACUAUCUACUUAGGAAUAUUAAAAAUUAACUCCUUUUCUGACUGUUGUCAUUCAUCUUAUACUCCAGAUAAGUCACCUCACUUGUUGCGACAUUAGUAAUGCUUCAUACACAUUGUACAUUCUAGAAUUAGAGAGAUAAUUGAGUUUUUCUGAAUCAACAGGGCUAAAAUAACGUAUGCUGAUUAUUCAUUGAUGCAAAACUGCCAAACUUUCACCGAUUAUUCUGUUUUGUUCUGCAUAGGACAUUUUCGGGAAACAAAAAAUCUUAUCAUUUUGUUUAAUCGAAUCAAGCCAGCCGGAAGGGAAAAUUAUCACACGUGAUAUGAAGAAAUUCUUUCGUUAAUGCCACCUCGCAAUUAAACAUUCAAACGCCUUAAUUGUUGAGAAUAGUGUCUGCGUCAACCCCAUAGUAUUAUUUAUCAGUAUUUCAAAAACUAAAAGACUUCAUUCAUUUCGUUUCAUGUACCAAAUAAAUCUAUUUUUAGGUUAAAUUGUUAGUGUUGAAUAUUCUGUUAUUUCAAAUGAAGUUUAAUAUUGAAAUUUAUAUCUGUUGAAAAGUGAGUUGUACUGUUACAAAUAAAUUGACUUUAUGUUGAGAUGAACUGAUAUAAAUUCUAGUCAACUGGUUCCCCCAACUUUGUGAUUGAAUUAAUAACCGACUGUAAUAAUUUUCCUUGGUCAAAUUCCUUGUUGUGAUAAACAAUAUUGAUAAGAUUUGCUUGAUUCGCCUGAUAACAUUAAGAUCGUUGUGUUAUUUCCUUGUUUUCAUUUGGAAGUUAGAAGAAUUAACUUUAACAUAGUUUUCUCAAAGAAAUGACACGAAAUUUUAAACUGGAUGUGGUAGUUUUUAGAUACCCCCUCAUAAUAUACUAUUAAUUCAUUGAUAAAUAAUUCAUUCCUUCCCAGUAAAUAAUCUUGAGCAUCACAGAUCACAUUCCUUCGCAAAUCAUUAGGAACAAAUCAGUGACAUUAGUUAGCCCAUAUUGAUAAAAUAUAAAAAUAAUGCCCUUUAAGCAAACAUAUUAGCGUUAUCUUAGGGCGCGUUCUGAUGAAAUAAAAUUGUAAGAUGGUUAUUGGCUGAUGAGUUUUAAAUUGACUUCGAAUUUUUCCAAAUAACAAUUUUUUCAUGAAAUAGAUUUAUAUCGGUUCUCUUCUUGAUAAAUUAAAUAUUAAACAGUGCCUUCAGUAUCAAUGAAGCAUUAUUAUAUAAUCUGAAUUUCUCUAUGUAUUGGUAUAACUUCAUCUUACAGUUUUUCGAAAGUCAUUCAGUCGAAUGUCGAUAAACUUCCUGAUUAAUAAUCGUUGAACGUGUCCUAUCUAAAAAAAAUUUAACAAAUUUGUUUUUCUUUCAGUUCGUGAAAAUGUUAUUUGAAUUUCCAUUGUAGAAAGUUCUCUUGACCUUGUACUUAUUAAUGAAGUUGGUGCUUGCACGGAAAACAUGUUGUUGAUGAAUUGUUUAUUGAAUUUUGUGACGCAAUGUAAAAUAAUUGUACUGUGAUGAAUAUUGCGGAAUUAAAGUAAUAUCUAUGGAUUUAUUUGCGCAGCAAGUUGUUGCAUCCAAGAUUCAUCUCAAAGAGAUUAUUUACCAUGUUUUGAAUAAAUCUUCAACUAGUUAAAAA